UCGACCAACCAAACCUUCCUCUCCUUCAUCGAUUCAGAUAGUAGCUAGUAGCACUAGCCCGUGGCGCGCGAGCACCAACCUGCCACCUACUCCCGCGCGCGAAACCCUAGCGGUCUCAUGGCGGAACAGGACGGCGCCCCGGCGGCGAGCGAGGCGGAGGCCGCCCCCGUUACGGUUGACACUGGUGCUGAAAGUGAGGAUGCAGAAAGUAAGCAAUUCCAACCAUUUUUCUCCAUGUGCCAGCCGAUUCGCUCUGUUAGCUAUUCAAAUUCCUGGGAUAUGGCUUGUGCCUCCACAAAUAACGAGCAAAAUAGCAACUUGGAUAAAUGGAUGCAGAGUGCACCUUUGCCGGAAAAUAAGCAGCCCCAGUCUGAGGAUGACAUGGGUUUGUUAGAUGGGGAAACAGACAUGCAGUCUGAACUCCUCAGCAAAGAACAUCUAUGCUCCAAUCAUGAAAUAGGUUUGUGGGAUGUGGAAGCUAAGCAGCAAUCAUUGUCCCUUGGCAGCAAGUUGUGCAACUCCAGUAGUGGUGCUGAAACUCAUGACAUGGAGGGCACACAACUUUCUUUGUCCUUUUCUGGCAGCAUUCAUUCUCAAUUGGUGGGAGCUGGUCUUGGCAAUAUGGGGAACACAUGCUUCCUAAAUUCAAUUCUUCAAUGUGUCACUCAUACAGUUCCGCUUUUUCUCAGGCUUCGUUCCACUGGUCACUAUGCUCCAUGUUCAUAUGACAAAGAUGGUUUCUGUUCAUUCUGUGCCCUUAAAGAACAUAUUGAUGAAUCAAUAAGAAGGUCUGGAUCUGUUAUAAGGCCAAUUAGGUUCCGAGAUAAUUUAAAGAAAUUAUCUUCAGAUUUCAGACCAGGACAACAGGAGGAUGCACAUGAGUUCCUACGCUGUUUGCUGGACAACUUGGAUAAGUGCACCUCUGAUCUCAAUUCAAAAGAUAAACCCUCAUCUUUUGAUGAACAGAGUAUUGUUAAGCAAGUUUUUGGAGGCCGACUGAAAAGCCAGUUGAUUUGUUGCGAGUGUGGACAUUGCUCGGAAACAUAUGAGCCCUUUCUUGAUCUCAGCCUUGAGAUUAAUCAUGCUGAUCAUCUUGUUGAUGCCUUGAAAUCUUUUACCAAGUUGGAGCAAAUUGGGGAUGCCGAGGAAAAACUGACAUGUGAACAUUGUAACGCAAAAGUUUGCAAGAACAAGCAGCUUAUGCUUGACAGGUCACCAGAUGUCAUUGCGUUUCAUCUAAAGCGGUUCACCACCCUUGAUAGUUCUAUUGAGAAAAUUGACAAACAUGUGGUUUAUCCAUUAGAGCUUGAUUUGAAGCCAUUUCAUAGUGAUCCUGAUGCCGAUAUGGAACUGAAAUAUGAUCUCUACGGUGUUGUUGAGCAUUCUGGCUCACCUAGUUAUGGCCAUUAUGUUUGCUCUGUUCGUUCUUCACCCAGCACUUGGCACCUGAUGAAUGACUCCCAUGUUGAUUUGAUUAGUGAGGCAAGUGCACUGAACCAGGAAGGGUAUAUUCUGUUCUAUGUUAGGCAGGGCAAAUUUCAGUGGUUUUCAAGUUUGCUGGAGCAAAAGGAUGAGCAGCAUCCUGAAAAUACGAGUGGUGCAUCUCCUGUGUCUGUACUGGAGAAUAUGGAUGUCGAUUGUCCAACAUCCUCUGGAGAAGGCAUCAACGGCACUACUGGUGAUAAGUUAGAGAAAGACGAAACUAGUCCAUGUAAAACAUCUUUCCAACCUAAGGAGGCAGCUAAAGAAAGCCCGGUUGAGCCUAUCAAGGUUGACCUAAAAGAUGAAAUCGUGCCAUCCAUAUCAUCGCAUCAUGAUAACGUGAUUAUUAGCUGUCCUGGUAGCGCGGCUGACAUUAACAACCUGGAGAGACCGUCAACUCCAUCUCCAAGACGCAAACGAUUUUUCUCUGAUAACCAGUUAGAUGUGUUUGAGUUUGAGGACUUUGGUAAAGAAGAUGAAGAGACCCCUCUGCUUGGAAACCAUAAAUUCCAACCAAAAGCUAAGAAGGCUAAAGGUGACUCCGCAUCUAAAUCGAUGAAGGGGCACAAGGGCCCUUGCAUAGAUAAGAACGUAACACGAUUAGUAAGGAGUAUGCCGUCCACUCGGAGAAAUGGCUUGCUGGACUGCUUGAACACUCAGCUAAAUGCUGCGCAAGAUUCUCGAAGCUGCCCUCGCAGUGACCCUGUGCGGAAAAGAAAGAAGUUCAACGUCCCGGUUCCAAUAAAUUUGUAGCAAGGUUCGAGUGUCAAAAGCCUUUUUUGUUUCUGUACAUCUUAGUUUAGCAUUCAUUCUGUUUUCCAGAACGAGCUAAUUGUAUCUGCUUGUCAUAGCCUUUAUGACCGGCAAGAUGGUGAUGGUGAAGUGCACAUUUUUGCUGCCUUUUGAUGUGAAACACUUCGCCUUCGCCUCUCUAUGAACGGAACAUGCACG